CAGUGUUCAUGCAAUAUUUUAAUUAUUUUUUUCCAAGACUAUCAUGUAUAUGACAAAAUUGAUGUAGCAGUUUGCUUCAAACGUUUUAUUUGGUAUUUGCAGGGACCUAGGACAGAACCAAAUAACAACACUGGACAUGAAUCUCUUUGAUAAUUUGACGGCUCUUUCCAGUCUGUGGUUAGACAAUAAUAAAAUUACAACAGUAGAGGUCCACCUCUUUCGAGGUUUGACAGCCCUAUCAAAAUUGAAUCUGAGACACAACCGAAUAACAACACUGGACAUUAAUCUCUUUAAUAAUUUGACGGCUCUUUCCGGCCUGGACCUGGGACAGAACCAAAUAACAACACUGGACAUUAAUCUCUUUGAUAAAUUGACGGCUCUUUCCAGUCUGUACUUAGACAAUAAUCCAUUGGACUGCUCAACAUGUGAAUUAAAAAAGUUAAAAAAAUUGCUGCGAAAAAUGACUAAUUCCACUGCUUCGUGUGACCACACACCACUUAUUGAUCAUAUCUUCACCAACUGCACAGAAUCAGUAACAACAGAAGCAUUUCAAUCUUCUGUUGUAACAGAUAGUUCAGAAAGAACAACGGAAAGUAGUUCAGAUAUAAGGAAGACUGAAGUAAUUGUUUAUUUAUCGUGUGGAGUUGGCUUUUUUUUCAUUCUGAGCUUCAGUAUGGCUUGCUUUUACGUUGUUAAAAAAUAUCGAAAUAACCAAAAUCUAGGAAUUAAUCAAAUUAAUUUAGACAGUGAAACUCAAAGAAGCCCCACUAUUUCAUCAGAAAGGGGAAGUGGUUACGGAUAUGCCGAAAUCGACGAACUUGAAAUGUCUGAAUUCAUUCUCACACCAUCCGAACAACUACAUCUAGUACAAGACGACAGCUCAAAUGAUUCAUAUGAUCAGAUCAGUCCACCAAGCAAUGACCUUUUAAACCCUUACGAGUCGUUGUUGACUUCCUUGCAGCAGUCGGGGAACGACCAGGAUGAUUCGGAUGAAUAUAGCCAUCCUAAUGAAGAGAACAGAGCGUACGACAAUCUUUACCAACCCAUACGAUUCAAUCGACAGGACGAGUUCAGACAAUAUGCUAGUUGUUCAAGUGUACACUAUUUUGAAGUCCUGGACGAGCCAGAAGGAAAAGAAAAUGAUGCACGUAUAAGGGAAGACAGUAAACGGUUAAGAAAAACUUGGUAGGAAACACAUUGAAAAAACAGUUCAAUAGCUGUUUUAUAUAUGCAUAC